UGGCAGAAACCAACCAACCAAUACGAAAACGCUCCUUCCAGGAGAAGGAAAACUCUAAUCUCCUCUUCGUUUCCAUCACUCUUUCUCCUCUUAUCUCAUCCCCCAAGCUAAAACGAGCUCUUUUCGAGGUAAGAAUAAAGAAAGGGGGCAGAGAAUAAAUGCGCGUCGUUGGAAGUGAGCGGGGAAGCAUGGGAAGUGGGAAGACUCGGUGGAAGCUCUCGUUCCACCGGUCGCCGUCGUCGUCGACAACGACGGAGGCGCCCAUGGAAUUCGUCUGCCCCAUCUCGCGCUCGAUCAUGGCGGACCCCGUCAUCGUGCCCUCCGGCCAGACCUUCGAGCGGAGCUGCAUCCAGGCCUGCCGUGACCUCCUCUUCACCCCUCCCUCCCUCGCCGUCGGCCUCUCCCCCGACGCUCCGUUCCUCCUCAUCCCCAACGUCGCCCUCCGCUCCGCCAUCCUCAACUGGUGCGACCGCACCGGCCUCCCAUCGCCCCUCCCUGUCUCCCCCGACGACGCUCGCGCCCUCGUCCAAAGGCUCAUGUCGUCGGGGGCGGUCUCGGAUGGUGGGAAAGCUCCGAUCUUGGAGACUAUGACUCCCGAUACGCCCCCUCAGUCCGCGUGCUCCUCCAAGAAGAAUUCUCCUUCUUUCUCCCCGCUUUCUUCCUCGUCUUCGUCUUGCUCGUAUCAUUCCUCUUCGUCGUUUUCCUCUUCCGAGAUCGUGGUGCUGGGUACGGAGGAAACCCCAACACCAGAGGCCCCUCAAGCCGCCUCCACCGUGUUGGCGUCCAAUGUUGCCAAUCCUGCUGCUUGUGCUGAGGUUGAUUGCCUCGAAGAGGAGAUUUCGAUCAAGCUGAUGAACUCCGAGGUUUCCGAGCAGGAGGCUGCGCUGGCCGCGCUGCGGCAGGCCACCAGGGAGAGCCGGGACCGGCGGAUCGCGCUGUGUACUCCGAGGCUCCUGGCAACGCUCCGGCCGAUGCUGCUGUCCCGCUGGCCCGGCGUUCAGGUCAACGCCGCCGCGGUGCUUGUCAAUUUGUCCUUGGAGGCGCCCAACAAGGUUCGGAUCGUCCGGUCCGGGGCGGUGCCGCCGCUGGUGGAAGCCCUAAAGAACGGCCACCCGGAGGCGCGGGACCACGCGGCGGGGGCCAUCUUUAGCCUGGCCUUGGAGGACGAGAACCGGGCUGCGAUUGGGGUGUUGGGAGCUAUCGCCCCGCUGCUCCAUCUCUUCUCUCGCCCCUCAGAAAGCCACCGCGCCCGCCGGGACGCCGGGAUGGCGCUCUACCAUCUCUCGCUAGCUGGGACGAACCGGUCCAAGAUCGCCCGGACCACGGGGGCCGUCCGGGCACUGCUGGCUGUGGCGGCGGAGGAGGAAGGGGCUCCGGCUGGGGCGCAGGGGCCGCCGCUGGGGAGGUUGGCGAUGAUGGUGCUGUGUAACCUGGCGGGAAGCGCGGAGGGGCGGGCGGCGCUGAUGGACGCGGGGGCGGUGGCGGGGGUGGUGGGGCUGAUGAGCGGGGCGGCGGCGCCGGCGGAGGAGUACUGCGUGGCGGCGCUGUACGGGAUGAGCCGGGGGAGCCUGAGGUUCCGGGGGCUGGCGCGGGCGGCGGGGGCGGAGAAGGUGCUGAUGAGGGUGGUGGAGGCCGGGAGCCCCGGGGAGGUCAGGCGGGAGAUGGCGAGGCGGACUCUGAGGGCGAUGAGGGGGGAGGACGACGAGGAGGCCUUGUCGUCAGCGGCCACGGCGGGGGACGUGAACGGCACCGUUGUGUCGGACGGGCUGAUGUCGUUUCGGAGGCGGUUCAAGGAUUUCGGAAACGGAUCGGGUCCCAACUCGGCCGAGUUCUGAUGAUUUUUUGUUUUAUAAAUUUUUGUUACAUUUUUAUGUUUUAAUGGUAGUGGUGUUUCGUUUUUUCUCUUUUUCUGUUUAAUAUGUCCUUGUCGGCAGGAAGAAAAAGAAGGCGCCGUGUGUAUUGAAAUGGUUUGGUGUUGCUAUCAAGGCUUGGAAGUUAGAAGUGUAUAUUUUAAUUUUGCUACCAUCAAGUUCUUUUCUUAACGUGGUGAUUGUAUAUUUUUUGGACUUUC